AUGCAGUUGGCAGUUCACCAAGACGACGCCAAUAUUCUCCUCCAAGAGAGAAAUGUCCUUUCGGACAAUAUCUUGGACAAGUACAGAACCGCAGGUCACAUUGCCCAGACCACCCUCAAGUACUUGAUCCAACUCAUCAACGACUCCUACCACUUGGGAAAGACCGAAAGACCAUACAGUUUGCAAGAGCUCUGUGUUCUUGGAGACUCCAUGGCACAGAAGUUGCUUGGUCAGCUGUACAACAACCUGGAAAAGACCAGAGAGAAGGGCUUGGCUCACCCAGUUACCAUUGAUGUCAACGACUACGUUUCCAAUGUCUCGCCAGAGCUUGAUUCUCAGCAGCACUACACCUUCCUGGCCGGCGAUGCUGUGACUAUUUCUACAGGUGCCCAUAUCGACGGUUACACUGCCUUGGUGUCGCAUACCGUUGUGAUUUUCCCACCAGGUGUGAUGAUCGACAAUCAGUUGAAGCCCGAGGGUCCGCUUUUGGGACCUAAGGCCGACGCUAUUGUUGCCGCCUACAUCGCCACUGAGGCCACCGUGGCCCUUCUUGGCCUUGCAUUGACGCCAGAGAAGCUUUCUGCUGUUCCAGGCUUGAACGGCGCUUCUGCUAUCACUGGUGCCCACAUCAGAGAGCUUGUUGACAGCAUAGCUGAGAACUUUGGCUGUGUGGUUGUGCCAGGCUCCAAGGUUCGUAGAGUGAGAAGAUUUUUGGCGGGCCAGGCCGAAGGUAUUGUUGCCGAGAGAGAUUUCAAGGGAACCGUGUGGGGUGAGAGCGAUCAGGAGGAGAGACUUUUGAAGAAGACCACCAACUACACUCUGUUGAUUGUUCACGACAAAAAGGAGGCUGCUAUGACUACACAAUCCUCGCUGGCUGUUCCUACUGACGAGUUCGUCAUUGAGGCUGGUGAAGUCUACAACGUUGACAUCAAAAUGGUUUCUGUCAAGGACCUUGAGAAGGGUGUUAUCACCUUGGAGGAUGCCGACGACCUCAAGAACGAAUUGGCCAAGAAGACCAUUUUCAUCCGUGACUUUGCUGUGACCCAUCAGUUGAAGUUGAGAUCAGCCAGAAACUUGCUCAACACUGUCGACAAGCUGUUUUCCGUUUACCCCUUCAAGUUGACCCACACCUGUGACUCGUUCCCUGUUGACCACGAGUCCGGCAAUGCCAUCAAACAGUUGGAGGAGAUCAAGAAGGAGAUGAAGACCCACAGAUUGGGCCUCAGUGAAUUGACAAACAGAUACCUCGUGAGAGGCAAGCCAGUGCAGAGAGUCAAGAACGUGCCAUUGCUGAAGAUCCUUACGCUGGACAACAAGACCGGAAGACACGGAAUUGACGCAACCAAGUUGACUUUGCCCGGCAAGGAAGUGCCAUUGCCUUCUUUGGGAGUCAGUGCCAUCAAGUUGAAGUCUCUUUUGAAGUUCGGCACCUACGCUGACGCUGUCGCCAGAGAAUCCACCACCAUUGUGUUGAACAAUGCCCAAAACAACGUUGUGCGUUUGACAGGAGGAAACAGAGCCUUUACGCCGUCGUGGGUUCACUCGCAAUACCAGGUGGGUGGAGCCAUCCAGCCUACUGUCGAGGCCUUGAGUCAAUUGAUGCAAGACAGCCGGUUUGGUAUCAAGGUGAAGGAGAUUCAGCCAUACGAGUUGAACAAGGACGUUUUGCAUUUGGAGGAGACGAUGCAGUUGGACUAG